UGGCACCAGUUUGUUUAUUUCCGGUUUCUGUUCGAGAGUCGGGAAUCAAUAUCGUUGUUGCCUGCAUCAACUGAGAUGUAUUACGACCAAGGAGGGAUGGAAUAUGAACUUGAAGAGGACAAACUGUGUGUAGGUGAAUACUUUGAGACAUAAGAAUAUUAGUGGCUGUGUUAAAGUAAAGAUGAACGAUUACGAUUAUGACCUAUUACCAACAUUUGACAUGGACGAGUAUGAUCCAAAUGAGGAUGGAUUAUUAGAGUUUUACUACCAAGAGGACAAACUGGGCAUGACAGUGACAUCUGGCAGUGUAGUACUCCAGAAAGAUGGCCAGAAUUUGAUUGGUAUAAGUAUUGGAGGUGGAGCUCCACUCUGUCCCUGUCUGUAUAUAGUACAGAUCUUUGACAACACACCUGCCUCUAAAGAAGGUACUCUUGCCUCUGGUGAUGAACUGGUAGGUGUCAGUGGACAGUCUGUUAAAGGGAAAACCAAAGUAGAGGUGGCCAAGAUGAUACAAUCUAUAAAGGAGGAAGUGACAAUCAAUUACAACAAACUACAUGCUGAUCCCAAACAAGGCAAAUGUUUAGAUAUAGUUUUAAAGAAAGUGAAGCACAGAGUGGUAGAAACCAUGAAUACAAAUACAGCAGAUGCAUUAGGACUAAGUAGAGCUAUCUUGUGUAAUGAUGGACUGGUAAAGAAACUAGAAGAACUAGAGAAAGUUGCAGAAAUGUAUAAAGGCUUAAUAGGUCUUACCAAGUCAUUAUUGAAGACAACAUUUGAAUUAUCUCAGUCUCAUAAGGCAUUUGGAGAAGUAUUCUCAGCAAUAGGAGUAAGAGAGCCUCAGCCUGCUGCUAGUGAAGCAUUUUCUAGGUUUGGAGAAGCUCAUCGCAAUAUGGAAAGAUUUGCUAUCAAAAUGUUGAAAACAGCUAAACCUAUGAUAACAGAUUUAAACACAUACCUUAACAAAGCAGUUCCUGAUACAAGACUUACUAUCAAGAAAUAUCUUGAUGUCAAGUUUGAAUAUUUAGCAUACUGUUUAAAGGUUAAAGAAAUGGAUGAUGAGGAAUAUAGCUAUGCUGCAUUACAGGAACCGCUUUACAGAGUAGAAACAGGAAAUUAUGAAUAUAGAUUAAUAUUAAGAUGUCGACAAGAUGCCAGGACCAGAUUUGCUAAAAUGAGAUCAGAUGUCUUAGUGAAGCUUGAACUCUUGGAUCAGAAACAUGUACAAGACAUAGUGUUCCAGUUACAAAGAUUUGUGUCAGCUAUGGCCAAAUACCAUAAUGACUGUCAUGGUGUUAUGAAAGAAGCUGUUGUGUUCCCAAUAGAAGUAGACUUAUCAAGAGGAACAUUUACAUAUGAUACAACUAAUCAGUUUAAUGAUGAAGAAGACGAAGAGGAGGAACAGGAAGAGGAAGUGAUUACAGAGUCCAAAGUGGAGACAACCCCAUAUAGUGAUAACUUAAUAAGUACUGAUUAAAAUGAAUGGGAGAGGCUAAUGAAAGAUGGCUACUACAUAAUGGCAUCCAUAAGUGUAUAUGUUAUGAUUGAAUCUUGUUCUGUUAGGAAACAUGACUUUCAUUAUAUGGAUAAACUCAUCAUUUGAGAGAACAAAAAAUCAUUCAACUGUCUGUUGAUUGGAAUCUGUUUUUCUAGUUUCAAGAAUUAAUAAACAAUAUAUGUUUAUUAUUUUUGUAUGACAUUUGUCUCUAAAAAAAUUUGCUUUUGGAAAGUUGUACUUCUAUUAUUUUAACCAAAAAUUUUGAACUUCAUUUUAAAUUCACAUUACCUCACAACUUCUUUUUGUUUGUACACAUAUUUUUGUAUAAUUUCUCUCAGUGAAUAUUUUCAUAUCGUUCAUUAUUUUUCAUGUCCAAGUUUUUAACAUGAGUAAAUAGGGUAGGACAUUUUAAGCCUGGCUCAUUUGUAAGCCAUCUUUUCCUUUGUAACAAGAUAGAAUAAACUCACUGAAGUGCAUUCAAAAAUCUGAAGCUGAAGAUGCAUUUCAUUCAUAUUUUCAAAUAUAAUAUCAUUUAUUUGUUGAUCUGCUCUUAUUUUAUUGAAAUCCAGUUUUUACAUUCCUUGUUUUGUUGUAUUGUGUUAUUUAUGUACCUUUAUGAUUUAAAAAUGUUAUUUUUGAGUAGUUCUCAUUUUCCAACACUGAAAUCACCAUCUUUUGUAGGGUAAUCCACUAUGUGACAAUUGUUAUUUUAUUCUUUAAAUAUGGAUAACUUAGAAGGCAUAGGUGAUUUGCUGUUGUUACACCAUAUAUUAACUAUAUACUGAUAUCAGCUAAAAAAAUAGAUCUAUUACUGAAUCUCUAGUCCUGAUGGUAACUUUGAAUGGAUCUUGUACUGUGUUUAAUAUAUUUCAAGAACAUAAAUAUUUUUCAUUUCAAUAUGAAUUUAUUUUACACAUUUAUUGGUGUGAUAAAAAUGUUGUAUAUAAGUUCAGUUCUCAUUCCAAAACAAUAACAUUCUCAGAUGUUUAAAACUUCAGUUUAAUUGUUAUCUGUUUAUAAUUUAUACAUAUUUUAUUAAAAUGACAUUUGUUGUGAUUAUGUGCAAUAUUAUUAAAUUAGAUAUUAAAAUUUGUUGAUAAA